CGACACUUUAGGGGCCGAGACCGGGGGGACGGAGCUGGAGCCGCCUCAGUGAGGGCAGGACAGCACAGAGGCUCCCGCUGCCUCCUGGUCAGCCCAUCAAACACCCCAGCAGGAGAGUUGAGCCACUAGGAUACUGUUCCUGGGCUCAGAACCAAGCCGAGAGCUGGUCAGUGGCACGAAGGUUCUCGGAUCCGCUGGGGUGCAGGGUGUGACCAGAAUCCAGGCCAUGACCAGCAGAGGAGCCGCCCGGCCGAAUGGUCAGUCCCAAGCUAGUAAAAUCUGUCAGUUUAAGCUGGUGCUGCUGGGCGAGUCUGCGGUGGGGAAGUCCAGUCUGGUGCUGCGUUUCGUCAAGGGUCAGUUCCACGAAUACCAGGAGAGCACCAUUGGGGCGGCGUUUCUUACACAGUCCGUCUGCCUGGAUGACACAACAGUCAAGUUUGAGAUCUGGGACACGGCUGGCCAGGAGCGAUAUCACAGUCUGGCCCCCAUGUAUUACCGGGGGGCACAAGCUGCCAUUGUGGUCUAUGACAUCACCAACCAGGAAACAUUUGCCCGAGCGAAGACAUGGGUGAAAGAGCUGCAGCGGCAAGCCAGCCCCAACAUUGUCAUAGCCCUAGCAGGCAACAAGGCCGACCUCGCCAACAAGCGCAUGGUAGAAUAUGAAGAGGCACAAGCUUAUGCAGAUGACAACAGCCUAUUGUUCAUGGAGACGUCGGCCAAGACAGCGAUGAAUGUUAACGAUCUCUUCCUGGCGAUAGCCAAGAAGCUGCCAAAGAGCGAGCCCCAGAGCACGGGUGGCGUGGCGGGACGGAACCGAGGGGUGGACCUCCACGAGCAGACCCAGCAGAACAAGAGCCAGUGUUGUAGCAACUGAAGGGUGGUGUUCGAGAGCGAGGCCGGCGCGAGACGACGAGCUAAGAGAGACCCUCCAUUCCCACCCCCGUCCACCACACUUCACCUCCCCUAACACCGGCGCACCGACCCCCGGCUGAACCGAAUCCCUCCCGGCGCCUCUAACUGCACUUUUUAAUGCUUCAGAACCACCACCAGACAUCUGUUCCCACCAGGCCAGUGACAGUGGAACCAGAUCGACCGGGGACUUAACUUCCAAAAAACAAACUCUCUUCACUUUGUAUUAUAGGUGCAAAUAGCUACCUAAUUCUGAUUGUUCCCCAUCUCCUCCCAGCUAACUCCUCCACCCCCCCACCACCCCUUCUUUGCUUUGGUAAAUCUGUGUUCUCGGUCCCAUACCACCUGUCCUCUUCUACCGCCCCCCCUUAUUUAAUGCUGGGGGGAGGGGCCCAAAGGAGGUGGAAACUUAAUCCCUGUAGGUUUAUUUUAUGAAGAAUAAGUUGAACGGGGACCUACAGAAAACACUGUUUUCUGAGGGUGUCUUUUGUGGGUUUACUCUUUAA